GAGUUGUAUAUUUUUUCCUCUCCUUUGGAGCAAGAGUGGUACUCCUUAUACUAAAGUAACCAACCCACUCACGCACCCAAUAUGGCUAUGGUGGUAGUAAUACUUGUGAUAUGUAUCAUUUUGAUGUCACUGAAAAUUGCUUAUGAAACUGUCUUAUGUUACUAUCUGAUUCCCAGACGUAUCAUGAAAAUCAUGGAAAAACAAGGUGUGCGUGGUCCUAAACCUCGAUUUCUUGUUGGAAACAUCUUGGAUAUGGCUUCUCUUGUCUCCAAAUCAACCUCAAAUGACAUGGAUUCUAUUCACCAUGACAUCGUCGCUCGCCUUUUGCCCCAUUAUGUCGCCUGGUCUAAGAUUUAUGGGAAACGAUUCAUUUUCUGGAACGGGACAGAGCCUAGAAUGUGCUUAUCAGAAGCAGAGUUAAUCAAAGAGCUUUUGUCAAAAUACAGCACUGUUUCUGGAAAAUCAUGGCUGCAACAACAAGGUUCCAAACAUUUCAUUGGCCGCGGACUUUUGAUGGCCAACGGCGACGAUUGGUACCAUCAACGCCACAUUGUUGCUCCCGCUUUCAUCGGAGACAAAUUGAAGAGUUAUGCGGGAUACAUGGUGGAAUGCACUAAUGGGAUGCUCCAAUCACUAGGGAAUGCGGUUAAAUCAGGCCAGAUGGAGUUCGAGAUUGGAGGGUACAUGACUCGGCUCACUGCAGAAAUAAUUUCGAGAACAGAGUUUGACAGUAGCUAUGAGAAGGGAAAACAAAUAUUCCAUUUAUUAACACUUCUACAGAAGAAGUGCGCGCAAGCUAGUCGGCACUUGUGCUUUCCCGGGAGCAGGUUUUUCCCAAGUAAAUAUAACAGAGACAUAAAAGCAUUAAAAAUGGAAGUGGAGAGGCUACUGAUGGAAAUAAUACAAAAUCGAAAAGAUCGUGUAGAAAUUGGUCGAAGCAGUUCGUAUGGGAAUGAUUUGUUAGGAAUGUUACUAAAUGAGAUGCAAAAGAAAAGAUCAAGCAAUGGAUUUAGCUUGAAUUUGCAGCUUAUUAUGGAUGAAUGCAAGACUUUUUUCUUUGCAGGACAUGAGACUACUGCCCUUUUGUUAACAUGGACUGUUAUGUUGUUAGCAAGUAAUCCCUCUUGGCAAGAUAAAGUUCGUGAAGAAGUCAACCAAGUUUGCAAAGGAGAUUCACCUACUGUUGAACACCUUCCAAAGCUUACUUUGUUGAGCAUGAUAAUCAACGAGUCAUUACGACUAUAUCCACCAGCUACUGUACUUCCAAGAAUGGCAUUUGAGGAUUUCAAAUUAGGUGAUCUUAAUAUUCCUAAAGGUUUAUCAAUAUGGAUUCCAGUACUUGCCAUACAUCACAGUGAAGAAAUUUGGGGAAAAGAUGCUAAUGAAUUUAGGCCUGAUCGUUUUGCCUCUAAGUCCUUUGCUGCCGGACGAAAUUUCCUUCCGUUCGCCGCGGGUCCCCGGAAUUGUGUUGGCCAAUCAUUUGCCCUAAUGGAAGCUAAGAUUAUAUUAGCAAUGUUAAUAUCUAAAUUUCGAUUCACCAUUUCGGAGAAUUAUCGUCAUGCACCUGUAAUUGUCCUCACAAUUAAGCCCAAAUAUGGGGUUCAAGUCAAGUUGACACCUUUGACUACUUAGAGAAAUUAAUUUUUGGUCUUUAGAGGAUUAGUUUUUCCUCUUUUUUUCCAAAAUAUUUUUUUCUUUUUGCUUAAGAAGAGUUUUUGAGGAGGAUGCGAUGUAAUGAUAUGAGUAGCUUUAUUUUGUAAUAUUGGAUUGAGAUAAGUUUAAAUGAACUGACAGAGUCGAUAAUAAUUUAUAUAUAUGAUUGAUCUCAAUU